AUGGCGAUUAGCUCAGGGAUAGUCGUCGUUCCGUCGUGUUCUGGAGAUCGUCUCUUCAGACCUAACUUCUCGGCUAUCUGCAGCGUCUCUUCGUCUUCUUAUUCCCAGUGGCGGCGCGGAGGUAUCAAUGUCGAAACUGGCGUAAUUUCGGGAAGGCGACACCGUGACUUUGGCGGAUUUGUAAUUUCUGGUUGUCUCUCUCCGGCUUCCUCUUCUUCUGCUCCUCCUCCAUCGUCGUCUUCUUCUGGGUCGAAGACGAAACUCUAUGUCAGUGGGCUUUCUUUCAGGACAACUGAAGAUACCUUAAGAAAUGCUUUUGAACAGUUUGGCAAGCUUACUCUUGUUAACUUGGUGAUGGAUAAAGUAGCUAAUAGACCGAGAGGUUUUGCGUUCUUGAAGUAUGAAACAGAGGAAGAGUCUGUGAAAGCUAUUGAAGGGAUGCACGGAAAGUUUUUGGAUGGAAGAGUUAUAUUCGUGGAGGAAGCUAAACCAAAAUCAGAUUUACAAAGAGCUAAACCAAGACCUCAUAUCGAAAGAUCUCAAUCCAAACCUCGCACCUUUCGCUCGUGGUAG